GCCUUACGUAAUUCUGCGUGAAGCAACCACAGCCUGCCAAAGUUCUCAUAGACUCGUACACUUCCAUUACUUCCAUUCCAUCAGCCUAGACCUUUCAGUUCUUCCUGCUCUCUAACUUUGGCUAACCAAACUGGACAGCAUGUCUGUAAGCCUUUCUCUUUGUCUCUCGUCUCUCUUGAUUUUUCUCAUCACCUUCUCAGCUCUGCCAAGCCCUUCAAUCUCUGCCAUAGACACCUUCAUCUUUGGUGGGUGCGCUCAGAUAAGGUACUUUCAGGGCUCACCCUACGAGUCCAACGUCAAUUCUAUUCUCACCUCCCUCGUCAACUCAGCCUCGGCUCCUGGCAUCGCCGCCCUCUACAACAAGUACACCGUCCCUGGCCCCACCUCUCAGGACACCGUCUCCGGCCUCUACCAAUGCAGAGGCGACCUCAACCCCGGCGACUGUGCUCGCUGCGUGGCUCGCUGCGUGUCUCAACUCGGAGCCCUCUGCCUUGACUCCUGCGGCGGCGCGUUGCAGCUCGAAGGGUGCUUCGUCAAGUACGAUAACGCCACCUUCCUAGGGGUGGAAGACAAGACGGUGGUGGUGAAGAAAUGUGGGCCGUCGAUUGGGUAUGACUCCGACGCGUUGACCCGCCGCGAUGCCGUGCUGGGCUACCUGGAGGGCGGGACCCAGACUUUUCGGGUCGGGGGGUCAGGGAACAUCCAGGGUAUGGCGCAGUGCGUAGGGGAUCUGAGUGCGAGCGAGUGUCAGGAUUGCGUGUCGGACGCCAUCGGACGGCUGAGAAGCGAGUGUGGGACCUCUGCUUGGGGAGACAUGUUCUUGGCCAAGUGCUACGCGCGGUUCUGGGAAGGUGGAGAUCGAUCGCACACUGCAAAUGAUGGGUAUGGUUAUGAUCAUCAUGAUCAUGAUAACGACAAUGAUGAAGACAUCGAGAAGACAUUAGCGAUUCUCAUCGGGCUUAUAGCAGGGGUUGCGUUAAUCAUAGUUUUCCUUUCCUUCUUAAGAAAAGUGCUUGAAGGAAAAGAUGGCAAAUGAAUCAGAAUCCGCGGAAGUCUGUUCCAGUUACUGUUCCAUUCUCCUUCCUUCCUCUGGUAAAUCAAGUCGCUUUGCUUUCGGUGGUUCCUUUGCUUCACUUUUUUUCUCUUUUGUUUUCUUUUCAUCUCUCUUCUGUAGUUUCCUUCCCACUUCCUCUAAAGCAUACCUUAAAGGCUAGCGAGAAAGAUGUUUUUGGAAACAGGUACCUUGAAAUAUGUGAAAAGAAAGUUGCAAUGAGAAGAGAAGUCCCACACAUUCCACAUUCCCCACACCCACGUAACAAUGUUAGCUUUGUCUACUAAUAUGUAAAUGGCAUAUUCUUUUCACUGGAAAAAGUGCUUUGUGAUGCUUAAGUUAAGUAAACAUUGUUGGAUCUUUUGUAUUGUUUUUGCUGAAUUUUUACCUUUCCUGCAAAAUUUAGAUAUGAACAUACUUGUUUUUAGAUUCCGUUUCAAA